AUGGUUAACUCUUGUGGCUCUGUCUGCUCUGACCAGGGCUGUGGCCAGGAGACCUGCUGCCAACCCAGCUGCUGCCAGACCACCUGCUGCAGGACCACCUGCUGCCGCCCCAGCUGCUGCACCUCCAGCUGCUGCAGGCCCCAGUGCUGCCAGUCUGUGUGCUGCCAGCCCACCUGCUGCCGCCCCAGCUGCUGCCAGACCACCUGCUGCAGGACCACCUGCUGCCGCCCUAGCUGCUGCAUCUCCAGCUGCUGCAGACCCCAGUGCUGCCAGUCUGUGUGCUGCCAGACCACCUGCUGCCGCCCCAGCUGCUGCAUCUCCAGCUGCUGCAGACCCCAGUGCUGCCAGUCUGUGUGCUGCCAGCCCACCUGCUGCCGCCCCAGCUGCUGCAUCUCCAGUUGCUGCCGCCCAACCUGCUGCCAGACCACCUGCUGCAGAACCACCUGCUGCCGCCCCAGCUGCUGCUAG